AAAGGAAUAGACUACACGCCUUGUAACACUCAUAAACCUGCAUUUAGUUGAGCUAGUCAUCUGAAACUUCUUGUGGAGUUGCACCAUGGAUGCUUAUUUUAAUGUGCCAUGAAACAAGGCAGAAUUUUUGCCGACAGAAAAGUAAUGCAAUAUUAUGGGGAUGGGUGUCAUUUUUAUGUGUCACCCUGUAGAUCAAGGUUAUUUCUAUUUACACCCAUUCUUUUUGAGAAGGUUUAGAAAAGUAAUAAAUAAUACUAAUACCUGUUACUGACAAGGUCUAGAAAUUAACUUAUGUUUAUAGCAUUUAUUUUGAAAGACCUUGAACUACAUAAAACUGGAGCUUAACAUACAUAUAGCACUAUAGAAGUAAAAAUGGAGCGGAAAAGUACAUGUAUACAUCAAUCAUCAAAGCAUAUUGUGAUGAGAUAUAACUCUACUAGUUGUUACUGCAACACAGGCAAAAUAAACAGUGUAUAACCAAAAACAGAACAACCCCGAUGAACCAUGGAAAUUAGACUGUCAUUACUUAUACUGCUUAUUGUGCCAUCGGCCCUGGCCAUGAAGGUACUUCUAAUUCCUGCCCAGGUGCCCAGUCAUCUGCUUUACUUCACCCCUCUUGGGGAGGAGCUCCUCGAACAAGGACACCAGGUCGGGUUAGUAGUAUCCCCACACUUACUCAACAGAGUGCCCAAAGGGAGCAAAGGAUCCAGCAUGACAACGCAUAUAAUCCCAACCAAUAAAACGGACAAGGAGAUAACAGAAGUACUCAUAGAACUGGGGCAGAUACAAGCAAAAGGAAAAAGCCUCUUGAAAAUCCUCCCACUCAUGAAAGCUUUUAUUGAUGUAACAAGUGAAACUGUAUGUGCUUUGCUUGAUAAUGAAGGGGCAGUGGAAUCACUCAAAAAGGAAAAGUAUGACAUUGCGGUAGUGGAUGGAACUCCAUUUUUAGAUAGUCUUUAUAUCAUACCAUACAUGCUGGAUAUCCCAUUCUGUUCUCUCGCCACUGCUAAUUUCAACUAUUUGAUGGGUGCCCCAGCUCUGCCAUCAUUUGUGCCAAGUACGGGCACAUUAUAUACAGACAGGAUGACAUUUUUACAACGAAUUUCAAACUUCUUGGCCACAAUCAUAGGAGAGCAGAUACUUACAAAUAGUUUGGACGAAGCUGCAGGCAACGCACUCAUAAAGAAAUAUGCUCCCAACCGACCUGCAAUAUAUCUUGAGCUAAAACGCAAGACACUACUCUGGAUGAUUAACCAAGAUAACCUGCUUGAAUUCCAUGUCCCAUUGAUGGAGAAUGCCAUCCAAGUUGGAGGCUUGUCAAUAAUGCCCAACAAGCCUUUACCUUCAGAGCUUGAAGACUUUAUAACGAAAACUAACAGCAAUGUCAUAUUAGUAUCAUUCGGAUCAAAAUCAGAUAUUUUAGAUCCCGAAAUGAUAGCUAAACUCAUUUUUGUUUUCAAAGCAGUAAAAGAAAGUGUGAUAUGGAAAUAUGACGGAUAUUUCAGUGAUUUACCAUCUCGUAUCAAAAUAUUGAAAUGGAUUCCUCAAAACGAUGUCCUGGCCCAUCCUAAGGUGAAACUGUUCAUGACUCACUGUGGUAACAAUGGGCAAUAUGAAGCACUGUACAAUGGAGUCCCCAUGCUUGGAUUACCACUGUUUGCGGACCAACCACACAAUGCCAUCAGAAUGCAAAGUAAAGGAUAUGGGAUUGCGAUGAAUGUACAUGAUUUAACUGCUGACCAGCUUUUACAUAACAUCAACGAAAUUCUAGCUAACAGUACAUACAGAGAUAACAUCCAAAAGGCUUCAAAGAUAUUCAGAUCAAGGAAGAGCCCCAGAAAGAGAGCUUUUGAGGCAUUAGAACAUGUAGCAAUGUUUGGAGGGGAACAUUUGAGACCGAGUUCAGUUGAUAUGCCUUUCUGGCAACUCUGGAUGAUUGACAUCUAUGUUUUCCUGAUCUUAAUUAUGUCAGUUAUCCUCGUCAUUUUGAAGAAUGUUAUAUUGUUUGUAUGUAGAUUUGUGAAAAGCAGGUUCAUGACUAAAAGAAAAGUAGACUGA